AAAUAAAUCCAAAAAGAGGAGGAAUAUAAUCCGAAAUUCUAAGUAGCUCGGCGUCGUGGUUUGGGAGAAGAACAGUAAGAGAAGAUGUUGGAGGUGGUGUUGAACGAUCGCUUAGGGAAGAAGGUGAGAGUUAAGUGCAACGAUGAUGACACCAUCGGCGACCUUAAGAAACUCGUAGCUGCGCAGACCGGUACCCGAGCCGAGAAGAUCCGAAUCCAGAAGUGGUACACUGUUUACAAAGAUCAUAUCACUCUCAAGGACUACGAGAUUCAUGACGGAAUGGGUCUCGAGCUCUACUACAAUUAACUUACAAAGUGUCAAUUAAUAUGGCAAGGCUUUAUGGAAGGGAAGGCUACUCCAGUGUGCUUGUAAUUUCCUUCUAAUUGUAGCAAACACAAUGCCUUGUUAUUAUUGCACGUAUGCUUGAUGAACAUGUGAAAUCUGCUAUGAACUAGACCUUAUGUUAUUGCGUGUUAAAAUAUGCUGAAUGCUGUGUGAGUUGGUUAUUUUCAGAUUUAAAUUUAAGGGAUGGAAACAAUGGCAGCUUAUACAUUUUCUGCAUAAAGAUGAAAGUAUGGUCUACUUUGGAAAA